UCUCAACUACGUACGCCCACAGAAAUGAGAAACAUUUCCCAGUCGACGUAUCCCCACGCUUGACACAAACAUUCAAGUCACAAGUCACAAGUUCACAACACACGCUUCUCUCUCUCACCGCCACCAGUUUUAUUAUUUUGUAAAUUAAAAUUUUGGGGGUUCGAAACUUGUCAGAGCUCAAAAUGGAAGCAGCGAGUGUGUUCCAAUCAUCAAUUGCGGCCUUUAGGCCUUGGAAUUCUGUCGGAAGAUCCCGUCUUUUGAUGGCCAGCGGUCCCAAGUUUAUGCCUUUGGGACAUUUGGGUUCCAAAUCUCACUCCUCAAUCAAGCAGCAUCAGUUUUCAAAUUCAGCUGGAACUGGAAGAAUGGGUUUUGGAAGGAGGAGGUGCUUGGUAGUUAGGGCGUCGUCUUCAUCUCCGGACUCUGCUGGUUCUAGUGCUCCAAUUGCUCCACUUCAGCUGGAGUCGCCGAUUGGACAGUUCCUAUCUCAGAUGAUGAUAAACCACCCUCAUCUUGUGCCUACCGCAGUUGAGCAGCAGCUCGAACAGCUCCAAACUGACCGCGAUGCUGAGCAGAAGAAGGAAGAGGCUUCCGCUUCAGACACUGAUCUUGUGUUAUACAGGAGAAUUGCGGAGGUUAAAGCUAAUGAAAGGAAGAAAGCUCUUGAAGAGAUAUUAUAUGCGUUAGUGGUGCAGAAAUUCAUGGAUGCCAAUGUUUCUUUGGUGCCUUCCAUUGCCCCUGCUGCUUCAGACCCUUCUGGCCGAGUUGAUGCAUGGCCGAGUCAGGAUGACAAGCUCGAGCGUCUGCAUUCUCCUGAAGCCUACGAGAUGAUCCAGAACCACCUGUCUCUCAUCCUAGGAAAUCGGUUGGAUGACUCGACCUCUUUAGCACAGAUAAGCAAGCUCAGAGUGGGGCAGGUUUAUGCAGCAUCUGUAAUGUAUGGAUACUUCCUCAAGCGGGUUGAUCAGAGGUUUCAGCUUGAGAAGACAAUGAAGAUCCUUCCAGGUUCGCUGGGUGGAGGUGGAGAAGACAGUGAUAUUCAAAAAGCCGUGGGAGAGGACAAGAGGCCUGGUGGUGUGGAUGAUUCUUUGCAAGCAGCAGCUUCCCAUCCUGAAGUAUCUUCUUGGUCUGGGGGCAUGGGUCCUGGAGCUUUUGGUAAUGUGAUCAAACCUUCCCGCUUGAGAACCUAUGUGAUGUCUGUCGAUGGAGAGACCCUUCAAAGAUACGCAACAAUCAGAUCGAGAGAGGCUGUUAGCAUCAUUGAAAAGCACACUGAGGCGUUGUUUGGAAAACCUGAUAUUGUUAUAACACCUCAGGGAACUGUUGAUUCUUCCAAUGAUGAACACAUCAAAAUUAGCUUUGGUGGUUUGAAGAGACUUGUUUUGGAAGCUGUGACUUUCGGUUCUUUCCUCUGGGAUGUUGAGAGCUAUGUGGAUUCCAGGUACCAUUUUGUUACGAACUGAGCAAAGUCGAGUUAAGAUCCUGCCAUAGUGAACUACAUAGAUGGUGGAGGCAUGACUGAACUGACCUACUUAAACGGGAUAGUUAAAGUCUUAGAACUAGUGAAAAUACCAUGUAUUUGGUGCUCUGUAUAUAACAUGUUUAAGAUUUAGUCUUUGUCCCAGGUCUCAGAUGAAUGUGGUAGUUCAGGACUUAAUUACAUUGGACCUCCACUUUUAAGUGUGGCAAGUCUAUUGUUCAGCAAGAUUGAUUUGUUCAUAGAUGAGCAGCUUUUUAUUUCAUCAA